AUGCCUUCUCACAUGUCUUCACCAGUGGAGCUGCUCAGCCUGCCAAAUGAGCUGCUGCUCAUUAUCGCAGAGUCCUUGCCAGCUACUGAUAUCAGCAACCUGAUGAAAACGUGUAACCGCUUUGCUUUGCUGCUGCAGAAAACAAUCUAUGCGGGUGCAGCCGAUUUUAAGGUCAAGAACAACCUCCCAGCCCUGGCAUGGGCAGCAGACAAUGGUCGCAACUUGAUGGUCCAGGCGAUACUCGAUGGCGCAAAGGAGCCUAUCAAGAACUCGACCCUUCUUCUGGCUCUCUACAUGGCCUGCCAGCACUCCAACGUAGAUGUGGCCGAGAUGAUACUCAUCGUUCUCCCGAUUGCCCCCGAAGAGUCUAAGAACAAGGCGGCUAAGUACUUCUUUGUGGGCAUGCAGUCCAGCAACAUGACUGAUAAAGCGAGAAACCGAUACGUGUCAGAGGAUGAGGAUCUGUCAGUUCAUCUUUACACCGCGGCCCGGAAUGAGUGUUUGGCAAUUGUGUAUAUGCUCUUUGCAUUUCCCAUGCGAGACUUUGCCAAAGCCAGAGCACUCCUGGCCGUUACCGAGGAAGGACACACUGAGGCAGUUAGAAUUCUGCUUGAAAUUGGCAUGAAGGAUGAAUCUGAAAGCGUUUCUAGAGCCAUCUUCUCCGCGGUGAGGAAUGAAAAUAUUGACAUGGUGAGAACGCUGAUGAAUUCAGGGGGAAAGUUUGUAAUGCCGGUUUUGGCAUACUAUACUGCCAUGAGGAAACCUACCAGUGAAAUGGACGAGGAACUAUUGGACUUGCGUGAUGGUGUUCGGCUCCCUGACAUGACUCAUGUCUUUGUUUCAGCCGCUCAACAUGCCAAUUACUUCUAUAUCAAAACGAUGCUGAACCUAGGCGAUAGAUGCCCUCUCGAACCAGCUGUUUUUGCUCCAGCGUUGAGAGUGGCAGCUAGCUCCCAGCAAGCAACCAUGAGGAUGAUCAGCCUCAUCAUCGAGGCUGGUGGGAAACGCAUCAUCAAGGAGGACUUGACGCGAGCUUUAUUCAACAUAGCCAAAUUUGAACGACCAGUCAUCUCUAGACUCUUGUUGGAAAAAGGCGCGGAUCCUUCGAAGAAGGUCGACGCUGGCAUGACGGCACUUCAUCUGGCUACCUUCAACCGCAGGCAUGCUACUGCUAAAUUACACAUUACCUACGGGGCAGAUGUCUCUGUGAAGGACGACGAAGGACGGACGGCUCUUCAUAUAGCUGCGAUAUACAACUGCCAUGCCAUCGCUGAAAAGCUCAUCGAGGCUGGUGCUGAUAUCUUGGCUACAGAAAACCGUGACCUAACACCCCUACACCUUGCCGCGAACCAUGGUAGCUACGAAGUUGCGCAGCUGCUCCUUCAGCACGGUGCCGACCCCUGGGAACAGACACCAGACGGCUGGAUGCCGUUGAAUCUUGCGGCUGUGAAGAAACAUGAUCGUGUGCUGGAGGCACUGUUGGCUACGCAGAAGGUUCCUUUCCGUGUCGAAGAGCGCCAACGAAUCAUCGAUAUCAUGGAAGGUCGGUUCCCUGAUUUUUGA